AUGAGUAAGUUUAUACAGCAGAUAUUCGAGGAUUACAGUAAGUCUAGAACCCAGUUCACCCAAAGUAUCUGUGAUUUAUGCUUAAAACCUCACAAUAUUGAAUUAUUAAUAAAUACAGAUAUAAUAAUUUUACUUCGUCCAUUGAUACUAGACAAAGUUCCAAUUGUACAACAAAAUGCAACAUUAAUUUUAGCGAAACUAGCGAGCUAUUCUGAGGAGGUAGCUACCACUAUUUUACAAAAUGAUGUGUUACCUCAUUUAAUAUAUUGUUUAAAACAUGAAAAUAAAAACUAUAGAAAAAACUGCGCUUAUACGUUAAAAUCUUUAGCUAAUCAUAAUGCCAAACUAGCCAAUAUUGUUGCUGAAGAAAAUUGUAUUGAUUAUUUAAUGGACUGUUUAGAUGAAUACGACCUAAGGUUAAAGGAAUCUUGUAUUAAUGCAUUAUGUGCGAUUGUAAAAAAUGACAUAGACUUGUCUAAUAAUGUUGUUAAUAAAGGAAUAAUUCCCUUAUUAUUAUUAUGUCUGCAAGAAAAAGAUAACAAUUUAAUAAAAAGUUCUUUAAACUUCUUAUCUGAGUUAUGUAAACAGUCUAACGAAAUUGCUAAAAAUGUUGUUGAUAAUAAUGUAUUACCAAAUUUAAUAAAAUUUUUAGAUAACAACGAUGUUCAUAUAAAAAGGUAUACUUGUAACUGUUUGUCACAAAUAGCAAAACAUAAAGAAGAGCUAACUGAACUGAUGAUAGAAAAUGAUGUUUUUCCAAAAAUACUUUAUUUAUUAAAAGAUAAUGAUGAUAUUGUUAAAAAAAAUUGUGCUAAUUCUUUAAAAGAAAUGAGUAAACAUAAUGAAGAUAUAUGUAAAAUUAUUGUGCGUGCAGGAACAUUACCUUUUUUAUGUGAAUGUAUAGAGCAAUCAUCAAAAGAUAAUAUAAAAUUACCUGCAAUAUUAUGUCUCGGUUUUAUCUCUUCCUUUUCGGAGGCCUUAAGUUUAAAUAUUAUUUUAUCUAAUGCUAUACCUAUUUUAAAAAAAUGCAUGGUAGAAGAAACAGAAGAUUAUAUAAAAUGUGCUUGUGUGUGGACAGUAGGAAAUAUUGGAAAACAUUCAUCUGAACAUGCUAAGAAACUUUCGGACGAAAAUAUUUUAAUUAUUUUAGUAAACUUAUAUAACUCUAACGAUUCUUCAGAUGAUUUAAAAAAGAAAGUUAAAAUAUCAUUAAAAAAUAUUAUACAAAAAGUUACAGACUUGGAGGCAUUACAACCUGUCUUCUUAAAGUCUACAUUAAAACUAGCUAAAUAUUCCAUUUUCCAGUUUUCCAAAAUAUUGCCUAGAAAUCCGUCCUACAAAAAAUCCUUCAUUAAAUCUGGAUGCUUAAAAUAUUUGCAAGAAAUAAAAAUUUCUGACGAGGCAAAGAAAUUCGAAUUAGAGAUCAAUACUAUAAAUAAGUCCUUCCCUGAAGAUAUAGUAAAUUAUUACACACCAGGAUAUUCCGAAACCUUGAUUAAAAAAAUAGACGAUAUUGACAAAAAUUAA